AUGAACUGGAGGCAGUGGGCUCCGAAAGCAAAAUGGAAAGCCCUGGGGAUUGAUAGGCACAUCGCCCUUCAGAUGCUGAAAGGCGGUUUACCUCCGACAAUCGUGAUAGCAAUGCAUCAGUCCAAUCUUGUAUCGGGAGUUUCAUCGAACUAUGGUUUCCUAUCUGCGAUAGUUGCUGUGCUGGCUCAAUGUCUCCUGCCCCGCGCAAGAUUCACUAAAAUUAUAAUAUACUCGCUUGGUUCAUUGUGUGUUUCGGCCUCAAUAUGCUGUCUGGGUGUAUAUUGUGUAGUGAAAGCGAGGGAGCACACAUCACCUCCUGGGGCACCGCCCGGCGAAUACAAUAGUAGUGCUUGUGCGGUGGCUGCCAUUUGGUUUCUCUUUGCUAUCUGGCUUGUAAACUCCAUCCGUGCCUAUAGACCAAUUGAGCUUCAAGCGCCAGCUUCAACCUUUUCUAUUUUUGCAGCGAUUACUAUGACCAGGGCAGGCGUAAUUGGUUCGCUCUCCACCGGGCUAGAAGAAAUUAGACGCUUGCUUCUAGCAUUCUUAAUUGGCUUUGCCACCUCAGCUGGUGUUUCUCUAUUUAUUCUACCUACAACAAGCCGAAGCACUUUCUUUCACUCAAUAAAGGAUUACCCAGCGAUCGUGAAGGAGAUACUUGAUGCUCAAGUUGCAUUUGUGAAAUGCAGUGAGGACGAAGGACCAUGGCAGAUCACACGCCGAGCUACCAUAGCUCGGCGGAGGACCAACACAAUGCCAAAGUCGCACAAAGACAAAGCGAAGAACGAUGGCAAAGAAAAUGAGUCUUCUGAAAGCAAGUCAAAAGCUACACAGUUGAAAAGUGCAAUCCAGAAUCUCUCAUCAAUUCAGUCUUCAGCCAGUGCUGAACUAUAUUUUGCAAAGCAAGAAAUUGCCUGGGGGAAACUCACAGCAGAGGACCUCGAGACCCUUUUUGCUUUGCUUCGUUCUAUUUUGCUGCCUCUUUCCGGUAUUUCUAUGCUUCCAGAAGUGUUUCGGAAGUUAACCAAGACAGUGGAGGCCGCAGAUUUGGCGGAGGUUCCCGUGAAUGAUUACGGUUACCGUCCAGUGGUUGGUGGACGACCGCCUCUAAUGCCUGGCGAGUCGCAAUAUGAGAUGCCAGAAAUUACAGAGCACUUUGUCCAUCCACUUUGCGACAGGCUGGAGACAGCUGCUGGUCUUGUAGAAGCAGGCUUCCAGCAUGCAUUCACGACUUUACAGUUAAUAAAACCUCCAAAACGGCAUGGGGCAUCUUCCAACCCUCAGGAUGAGGAAGCUCCCGAAGAUAAAUAUGUACCUGGAAAUCCUCGGUUUGCUGCUGAAUUUGAACGGAAAUUAGACGAAUAUUUUGCUCUGCGAAAGCACUUGCCCGAAAAAUGGGCUACUCUCACCGCAUUCGCUCCAUUCCAUGCCAGAGGUAGCAUUGCGCAGGAACCUCGUACUAUCCAAAAGGAAUUUUUCGUGCUGCUAUUCAUUGGCCACCUUCAAGAUAUCCUCCUGCAAGCUGUACUGGAACUGGUAUAUUUCGCAGACAGCAAAGUUGCCGAUGGGUCCAUGAAAUCAAAAAGACUUCAUUUCCCUAAACGAGAAAGUGUAAAGCAAUGGUUUUUUGCCAGUGAUCCAGAAGAAAAGGAAAAUGAAAAGGACGAUAACACAGCAGAGAAAGAAAAGCAAAAAAAGGACAGCCAUCCCUUGAAAGGACGAGAUCCGUUAAAAUCUCGAUACCCUGACCCAGAGCAUAUGCCGCCCACAAACACCUGGCAAAGAAUUGGCAGUGGGUUGCGAGCGGUAUCCCAUUUCCUAAGUUCCGAACAAAGCUUAUUUGGAGUGCGGGUUGCAGUUGCAGCGUUUUGCUCUGCAAUUCUUGCAUAUUUACAGCAAACCCAGUCAUUCUUCUUCCAGACUCGAGUUAUCUGGGUUGUUAUUGUCACUCUUAUUGGGAUGAACCCUACGAGUGGGAAUUCUCUUUUUGGAUUGAUGGGCCGAAUUAUAGGGACUAUAUUGGCAACAAUCCUCGCACUAGUUGUGUGUUUAAAGUACUACCCUUACCUUAAAAACCCAAGAUUUAUCGGUCCUACUAUUAUUGGGGUGAUUACGUUUAAUCUCAUAAUCGCCUCUGAGCUACUGUCUCGAAAACUCGGGGUUGAUAAGGUAGAAGCCGCUGGGUUACCGUACUAUCCGACUUAUCUGUUUGGGCCGUAUCGAUGUGUGGCCGUUAUAGCCGCUUGUGCAAUUUCCUUCUUCUGGAUUAUAUUUCCCAGCCCAACUUCAGCGGGAUCCCGAGUCAGAAAAAAAUUAGGCCGCAGCCUUUUUGUCCUGGCAAACUUCUAUAGCUGCAUGCACACCUCAAUUGAGGUCUGGAUAAACCAAGAGCAGGGAGACAUUAAUGACAGCCAGUCACCCGGUCGACUCCUGGAUCAUGCUAGGACCAAGCUGUUAGCGGAAGAAAUGGCUCUCUUGAAGAGCUUGAGGGUCUUUAGCGACUUCACACGGUAUGAGCCUCCAAUUGGAGGUCGGUUUCCAAAGGAGACUUAUGACAACAUAAUUUCGGCAAUUCAAGCUAUCUUAACGAGCAUGGAUUUGAUGGCACUUGCAACAAGAAACCUGGAGCGAAUGUCAGGACACUGCUCAACUAGAAGCACAUCGCCAACUAUAAACAACCAUAUACCUGGCACAAUCAGGAACCGGAGCAUGAGCACAGCGUCCAGACACCAGGUAGCCGAGGGAGAAAGAUGGAUCCAAAAUCUAGCCAAAGCAGCCAACUCCCCAGAAUUUCGUUCCGGAGUAAUCACUUCUGUGCUAUAUCAUCUGUCAGCUGCUGUAACGAACUGCCUCUGUCUGCCGCCAUAUCUGGCUCCUCCACAUCCAUUCCCACUAGCACGGAGGUUACGCAAUAUUAACGAAGAUUUACUGAAGUUUAAGAACGUGGAAAACCCUUCAUUUGCCGCUAUAAUUGCGAUUGAGGUCUUGAGCUCCAUGAACUCAACUUUGAUGUAUAUGUUCGAGAACACCGGCGCCACAUGCAAGAGGAGGGGCAUCGCUAAGACGAGACAGAGCAGUGAAGGGAGAUUGAGCCUUGCUGUUAGUCGUUUCACGUGA